AAUGCCAGCCCGAAAGCCCCCAAAUACCCAGAAGCUCUCUCCUCUUUGACAUAAAAGGCUAAAACCUUGUUCAUCUCUCAGCUCACCAUCCCAGAAGAGAAAGAGAGAGAGAGAGAGAGAGAGAGAGAAAGAGAAAGAGAGACCUUCUUCAUUUUCAUUUCAAAAAUCUUGAAUUCGCAAUAUAUUUUCUUUCUUUGCCCAAAAUACCCUUUUCUUUCUUUUCAAUGCCAAAUCCGAGAUAGCCCACCAGAGAGGAACCUAGCCCCCCAAACCAUGAUCGUUCGGACUUACGGUCGCCGCAACCGUGGGUUAACCAGGACAUUCUCCGACUCUCUAGACGACGACGUCUCCGACUCCCCUCCCCUCUCCCAAGAAACGGCGCCGUCUCAGGACAUCUACAGUUUCCCUUUUACCUCUCAAGAGUCCUCUUCUUUUUGGCCAUCCUCUCAAGAAUUCAACGACGACGUUUACAAGAACCAAGUAACGACCUUUAGAACAGCUCAGAGUAAUUUCGAUUUUGAUGAUUCGCGAAACGGCGUCGUCAGGAGAUCCAAGAAACAGAAGCCAAAUCAGAUCAAAAAAGAGGUAGGGUAUUCUUCUAUGCCCUGGAUUUCGUCGACUUCGACUCUAAUGGAGGCUCAAGAAUUCGGGGAAAUGAUGGAGCACGUUGACGAGGUUAAUUUCGCGCUUGAUGGGUUAAAGAAAGGCCAGCCAGUGAGGAUCAGAAGAGCGAGUCUCUUGUCUCUGCUUUCAAUUUGCGGCACAGCCCAACAGAGGAGACUUUUGAGAACUCAUGGGAUGGCAAAGACAAUAAUUGAUGCUAUUUUGGGCCUCAACUUUGAUGACACCCCAAGCAAUCUGGCUGCUGUGGCCCUUUUCUAUGUCUUAACCAGUGAUGGUCAGGAUGAGCAUCUUCUGGAAUCGCCUAGUUGCAUUCGGUUUCUAAUUAAAUUUUUGAAGCCUGUCAUCCCCACUGCUAAACAAAACAAAACAGGGAAAGUGGGCUCUAAGCUUUUGGCGUUACGCAAGGAAGCUGACAUGUCACGGGAUACAACUAAAAUGUUGGAUUCAAGCUCUGCUGCCAUUAUUUCCAAAGUUGAAGAAAUUCUUGUUAGUUGCAAGGAAAUGAAGUCAAGACAUGGGGAUGAUACUGGUUUAAGAAGGCCAGAGUUAAUACCAAAAUGGAUAGCUUUGUUGACGUUGGAGAAAGCUUGUUUGUCUAAAAUUUCACUUGAAGAUACAACUGGUACGGUAAGGAAAACUGGGGGCAAUUUCAAGGAGAAACUAAGAGAGCUUGGUGGACUUGAUGCUGUCUUUGAAGUGGCCAUGGAGUGCCAUUCUGUUAUGGAGGGUAGGGUAAAGCAGAGUUUACCUUCACCUCUUAUAGAAGAUAAAAAGGAUGUUCAGAGCCUGGUGCUGCUUUCAAAAUGUUUGAAAAUCAUGGAAAAUGCAGCAUUCCUCAGUAGUGACAAUCAGAGUCAUCUGCUAGAAAUGAAAGGCCAAUUGAACUCUGAUGGAUCUCAACUAUCUUUUACGAGGCUUGUCAUAAGUGUAAUCAAGAUUCUCUCAGGGCUUUAUCUUAAGAGUUCUUCUGCAUCAUCCAGUACUGAAAGGGAUUUUAGUAAUUCUAAAGCAAGGGGUGAUGCUGAUGAAUUGGCCCUAGCUGCAGAUUGUAAAGUGGGUAGGCAUGAUGUUAUCUCUGUCAAUUCAUCUCAAAAGUCCUCUAGCCUGGAGUGGUCCUUCUCUGAAAAGAGCUUCAAUAUAUCUCAGAGUGAUCCAGGGCCCUCCACUCAGUGUUUGGGUCGUUCUGUAUCCAGUUUUCAGAGUACACCUACGUCCACCAAUGAUAGUUACUUACUGAAGAUGAGAAUCCAUUCUUCCUUGUCCACCUCAAGUAGUGGGAAAUUAGGAAGUUCAUAUGAUGGAAUACCUGUGACAAGCAAUGGGUCAGGGACUCUUUGUGAGAGACCUGAUGAUGCAAGAGCUGGCAAAUGGCAACUUUUAGAGGAUAGUCAGGAUCCUUAUGCAUUUGGUGAAGAUGAUUUUGUGCCUUCAAAGUGGGACUUACUAUCUCGGAAACAAAAGAUACCCCGAACUAAAAAACAUGAGAAACUUGGGCUAAGAAAUGGAGAAAUCCAAGAUGAGCAUCAAUUCCAAUUUACAAUGAGCCAACAAGAAUCAAGCAAUGGGGAAAUUUGCCAGACGGAAUUUAUCAAUGAAGAAUAUCAUCAUUCUAAUGCAACUUCUGGUUCUCAAAGUGCUGAAGAAGAAUAUUCCAGCCUUCUAUCAGACUGCCUUCUUGCUGCUGUCAAGGUUUUGAUGAAUUUAACAAAUGACAACCCUCUUGGCUGUCAGCAAAUUGCUGCCUCUGGGGCCCUAGAGACCUUGUCUACAUUGAUAGCGAGCCACUUCCCUUCAUUCUGUUCAUAUUUGCCUCGCGUCAGUGAAAUGGAAGAGAAUUUCUUGUUUAAACUUCAUGACCGGAACGACAGACCUCUUACGGAUCCAGAGUGAUUCCUUGUAGCAAUACUGGGUCUGCUUGUGAACCUAGUAGAAAAGGAUGAACACAACAGAUCACGGCUUGCAGCAGCUUCUGUUUUUGUACCAAAUUCAGAAGGGUUGGCAGAGAAAAGUCGCAUGGCUGAUCCACUGCUAUGUGCCAUCUUCCUCGCGAAUCAAGGAGAAGAUGAUGCAGCUGGAGAAGUUCUGCCUUGGAAUGACGAGGCUGCUGUGCUACAAGAAGAGAAAGAAGCGGAGAAGAUGAUUUUAGAAGCCUACGCAGCUCUACUACUUGCAUUUCUUUCUACUGAAAGUAAGAGCACACGAAAUGCAAUUGCUGAUUGUCUCCCAAAUCACAGCCUGGCAAUUCUGGUACCUGUGUUGGAGAGAUUUGUGGCAUUUCAUUUUACACUAAACAUGAUUUCUCCAGAGACUCAUAAAGCUGUGGUUGAAGUGAUUGAAUCAUGUCGGAUACCGUGAGAACUGAUGAAAUAAUCUGUAUAGCCUUGUCUUGCCUUUUAGAUUAGCUGUUUGUUAUCACACAAUGCCGGUGCCCACGAGGAUGGGAUUGGGCAGCACACUGUUCUGACGACAGACCUCUAUUAUAGUUCAUUGACCCCGUUUGUUUGUUUUUACCCCACAAUUUUCCCUUUAUUUGUUUUUAUUUUUUUGACAAUAGUAUUCUUUGUAGCACUAUUCCAUCAUCUUGAUGCAGUCCAAGACUCAUGUAUAUGAAAGUUAAAGUAUAAUCAAGUAGUUUCCAAUUGUCUUGUGCA